GCCGCAGCCGCUGCGGCUGCUCCGGCUGUUGCAGCGGCUGCAGCUGGUGCGGGCGCUAGUCCGGCUGCUGCAGAGCCCAACAGUGGUACCAAUGGAUCCCCUGCAGCAGUGGCAGCAGCUGCAGCCACCAAUGGCACAGAGGGCAGCACAGCCCUCAACGAUGACCAGGAUGCCAAGCGGCGCAAGUGCCUGGAAACAGACGAAGCUCAAGAUGGAGCGAGCACCAUGAUUGACCCGAACAGCGUGCUCAAUAAGAUCGCCCACAUGUAUGCGGAACAGCUGAUGUCGGACAUUGUUCUGCUGGUGGAUGGCAAGGAGUAUCCGGCGCACCGCGUCAUACUCUGUGCGAGCAGCGAUGUCUUUCAGGUGAUGCUGAUGAACCCACAGUGGAACGAGUGCAGUAAGCACGUGAUUGAGCUGCACGAGGAAGCCUGCUGCUCGGCCGUGUUUCCACAGUUCAUCAAGUAUCUGUAUGUGGGCCAGAUCGAGGUGACACUGCAGACGGUGAUGCCAAUGCUGGCGUUGUCCGACAAGUACAAUGUGCGGGAUCUCAUCGAGCUGUGCAUCGGCUAUAUGACGAAGCAUGUGGCCAAGGCGGCGACCAAUGGCUUCCUGGUCUCCUGGCUGCAGUAUACGCUCUCGUUUACGCCCACGCACAAUGAUCUCACCGAAACGCUGAAGCGUUUCCUCAAAAACAAUUUGGAACUGGUGGCCGAGUCCAAGGACUUUGUGGAAAUGGAUCCGGCCAUCCUGCAGUUACUGCUGCAGCAGAACGACAUCGUUGUCACCAGUGAGUACAAACUGUUUAGCAUCCUGCAGACGUGGCUGCUGCAUCGCCGUAAGCUAAUCGAAGCCCAACCGGGCCUCAGCGCCGAGAAGAAGGCCAGCAACUUCAUGGAGCUAAUCGAGCAGACUGUCAUGCACAUACGCUUCGCCAUGAUGACGCCCCGAGAACUUUCACUCGUCGUUCCGUUCAUGGAAUAUCACAAGAAAUUUCUGAUCGAUCGCAUCGCCAUCGGCCUGAGCUAUCAGUCCGGGCAGGAAGAUCGCGUGCGCGAGGUUCGCGCAACUGAAGGCGGCCAACUGCAAUUCACUCCGCGUCUCUACUGGAACGACACGUGGAGCCUCGGCAUCAAAGUGCACAACUUCGACAAGAUCGAGGACUAUAAAAACUAUGUCACCUGCUUCUUUUCGCAACGACACAUUGCGGAGACCAAGGACGACGGCUGCAUGAUCUGGGAAAUCGAGUUCUUUCCGCGUGGCGUCAAGUACAACAAGGCCAAAAUGGUCUGGGGCGAGGACGUGCCCGGCUAUGCGAUCAACACGGUGCGGCUGCGAGUCACGUGCCAGCUGAAAAAUAUUGGCGAGGAGCGCUUCAAGGUUGCCGUGCUGAUUGUUGGCGUGCAGAACAAGAUUGAGCACAUACGCACCGUGGUGCAUCGCACGGAAUACUUUUCGGAUAAUGCGCGUGUCAUCAAUUUGGAUAAUCUGCUGCCCUUCGACGAACUGGAGCAGACCUCCCGCAACUUGAGUCCACACUUGACGGGCAGUCAGCGCAAUACGCUCUCCCUGCACGUCGUCAUAACGCCAAUGGAUGCGCACACCUGCCGUGAUGCGCCUCCAUUUCAAUUUUGAGCCAAUCAACCAAUGAAAAUAGACUUCGCGAUGAACAUCUACCAAUUCCUUGGAAUGAAAUGCAGAAGAUUGCAGACUGCGGACAGUGGCGCUUGGCCUUAUGCACUAGCAUAAAGCUGAGAUCUCUCUCUCUCUCUCUCACUCGCUUCAUUUCUAUUUUGAGUUAAUCAACACACACACGCACACAUUUGCAAAAUAGAGAAAGCAUAAUAGUAGCCGCCCAGCCCCUGGUUGAUCCUAGUCGUUGGAAGCUUUUAGCUUCGAUCUGCUCGAAUUGUGUGCAUACACCUAGCUCUAUGUUUAACUGUACAUAUAUAUGUAUA